UAAUUUUUUUGUUGUUUUUAAUCCGAAGAGGGCAACGCAUUCCGUAUUCCUGUGCUGUAGUUUUUCCACAUAAAAAUUAAGCAAAAUGCGUGUUGCAAUUACAAGAUUCACAAAAAUGAGUCCUAAAUUAAAGGAACUCCGCAUUCACUUGUGUCAAACCGGUGAAGCUUCUAAAGGUGCCAGAGAAUAUGUGGAGCGUUUCUAUCCCAAUUUGAAAAAGGAUAAUCCCGAAUUGCCCAUUUUGGUUAGAGAAUGUUCAGGAGUACAACCCCGUUUGUGGGCACGUUAUGGUUUGGGCAAAGAAACCUCGGUACCAUUGACAAAUCAAUCUGCCCAGGAUAUUCAAAAACAAGUCGAAGCUGUUGGUAAAUAAAUUAUGGUAGUACGCAUUCAAAAUUUUAGUAGCAACUUUAUUUAAAUAAGCCAAUGAUUGUGGAAGAAAUAAAAUGAAAAAAUAAAUUUAAUGGUCAAAUUAAAA